CCGGACCGUCUGGAGGAGAGAGGAGCACAUCCCGACUCACUUUUCAUUCAGCAUAUUAUAUAUCCUACACUUACAGUGUUGUAGAUCAUUAGGAAAACACUAUUUAAAAUGUUUUUUUAUUCUCAGCAGUGGUGUUUUACCGUUUUACGCCGUCAGUAAUAUAUAUUUUUAUGCCUGCGGAUCCGCGGCGCGGUAUUUACUCGGCAGUCGCGUCGAACAGGCUGUAAAACUGCAGCUCGGAAUAAUCGCGCCGUGACUGUAAAAUCAGAGACAUACAGAGCGACCAGCCCAGCGAUUUCGAUGGAGAAAUAGAACAACAGAUAGCGGAGCGUUUAUAAUAUUAGAUAAAGAGAGAGAGAGAGAGAGAGAGAUAGUUAGUGCUAUAUUAUUUAUCCCCUCCAGUCUUCUCAUCUCCUACCUUCAUCAUGAAUUACCUGCGCCGCCGGUUAUCGGACAGUAAUUUUAUGUCUAAUUUGCCGAAUGGCUAUAUGACUGACCUCCAGCGGCCCGACCCCCCGCAGCAGAGCCCCGCGCCAGCGGUGUCGCCCGGAUCACAGGAGAGGCGGCCGCCUCCCGGCCAGUCAGGCGGAGCCGGCUUCUUCUCCUCCAUCUCUAACGCGGUGAAACAGACCACCGCCGCCGCCGCCGCCACUUUCAACGAGGCUACAGAGAGAGCGAGCUCUUCCCAGGCUAAAAUCCUGCUGGUUAUUGACGAUCAGCAGACAGACUGGGCAAAGGUUUUUAAAGGCAAGAAGGUUCAUGGUGAAUUCGACAUCAAAGUGGAACAGGCUGACUUCUCUGAGAUUAAUCUGGUGGCUCAUGCAACUGGCAGCUAUAGUGUGGACAUUGAUGCUAUUCGUGGUGGCCACAAGAUCACAAAAUCUUUUAAGCCAGAUUUUGUGUUGGUGCGGCAGCAUGCUUUCAGCAUGGCCAAAAAUGGAGAUCACAGGAACAUCGUGAUUGGUCUUCAGUAUGCUGGGAUUGCCGGUGUCAACUCUCUGCAUUCUGUGUACAACUUCUGUGACAAGCCCUGGGUGUUUGCUCAGAUGUCCAGAUUGUACAAGCAACUAGGGCCAGAGGAGUUCCCACUGAUCGAGCAGGUUUACUACCCCAAUCACAGGGAAAUGAUUACAACCCCUGGCUUUCCUGUGGUGGUGAAGAUGGGGCACGCCCACUCUGGUAUGGGAAAGGUUAAAGUGGACAAUCAGUAUGAUUUCCAGGAUAUUGCCAGUGUUGUGGCCUUGACUAAGACAUAUGCCACUUCUGAACCCUUCAUUGAUGCCAAGUAUGAUGUCCGUAUUCAGAAAAUUGGUGACAACUACAAAGCCUACAUGAGGACAUCUAUCUCUGGAAACUGGAAGACCAACACAGGCUCAGCUAUGCUGGAACAGGUAGCCAUGUCUGACAGGUAUCGUAAGUGGGUGGACUGGUGCUCUGACGUUUUUGGUGGUUUGGAUAUGUGUGCUGUUGAGGCGUUACAUGGUAAAGAUGGGCAAGAUUACAUCAUUGAGGUGGUGGGAUGUUCUAUGCCACUGAUUGGAGAUCAGCAAGAUGAGGAUCGUUCUCUGAUAGCAGAUCUGGUUGUUUCCAAAAUGAACCAAACGGUGCCACGCACUUCAGCUGCUUCUCCAGUCUGCUCUCAGGCUUCACCACAAAAAGCUGUUUCACCGCAACCUAUCACUGAACCCAGAGUUCCACAAGCUCAACAGCGCCUUCCUCCACAAGGAGGCCCACAGCAGGCACCGGUUGGAACUCCAGCUCGCCAAGGACAGCCCACUCCACAGGCCAAGACUGUUACUAGCUCUAAUGCACAAAACCCCCCAGCCCAGCAACCCAAGCCACCCAAUACUGCUCAGCAACGCCCACCAGGCCAGGGAGGCUCAGGACAGCAGAGGUCUUCUACAUCCCAGGGACCUCCCCAGCGUGGCCCUGGUGGGUCUCCUCAAAGCCAGAAGUCCCAACAAGGUCCCAUCCAACAGAGGCCCCAGCCUGGGGGGCAGGGGCCAAAACAAGCAGGUGCUCAGACCCAGCAAAAGCCUCCACAACCAAGGCAGUCUCAGCCAGUAAGACAGCCCACCCAGGGAGGGCCUCAGCAAGGCCAGCAGCAGAGAGGCCCUCAGCAACAGCAGCAGGAGCAUGGAGUGAACAAACCUCCCACCACCCAGCAGCCACGACCUGUGGUACAGGGACAAGGGGGACCUGGAGGUGUUCGUCCCCCACUCCAGCAAAAACCACAGCCUCCACAGAAGCCCAGUCCUGAUCACCCAGCCCUGAGUGGAUCCUCACCGCUCAACAAAUCCCAGUCUCUUACCAAUACCUUCAACAUUCCAGAAACGCAAGCGGCCCCACGCCCAGGUCUUAGUCAGGACGAGGAGAAGGCUGAGACCAUCCGCAACCUCCGAAAAUCCUUUGCCAGCCUCUUUUCUGUGGAAUAGACACACACUACUAAACGCAAACCAACAAUGUACACCAUCUCAACACCAUCAUUCUGAGGAGACAGGUUAGGAAAGAGGAUGGCAGUCAUAUAGAUUCCCUAUAUUUACAUACUUAGCGAUACACAUAAUACCUGAUCACUUGAGGCACAAAUACAUGAUAAGCAUAGGACCAAUGACAUCAACCACCUGUACAUCCAUUUUAAAAUAUAAAUGCAAAUGUCACUGCCUACUAGGUCACAAUGUCAUAAAAAUUAUUUUGCCGGCUUUUUUUAUGUGGAAUAGACACACACUAGUAAACGCAAAUCAACACCAUCUCAACCCCAUCAUUUUGAGGAUGGUCAUAUAGAUUAUCUUCACAUUCAUAAUAAAUGCUUGUAUUAACAACAAUAUACACACAAUACCUGAGCACUGAUGCACACACAGUGAUACACGAUCAGUAUAGGACCAAUGACGACACACUAUAAUGCAUCCCCCUGCAUGGGCAACCUGUACAUCUAGUAAUAUAUCAACACAAUGGUCACUGCCACAACAGUCACUAGGUCACAUAAUCACAAUGAACAAAAAAAAAUAUAUAUAUAUAUAUAUAUAUAUAUAUAUUGCAGUAGGACUUUUAGCUAAUUCAUUAAACCUGUGUCUUAAAAAUAUUCCCAGUUCUACUGAUCCCAUAAACACACACACACACUCACACAAAUACACAUAAAUUCACAUGCACGUUUAGACUGUAUGUACCAAUCCACAUUGUUUGUUUGUUGUAAUUUAAGACUAUCUUCAAUAUCUUCUGAUUCUGAUGCUGCUUGAAUGCUCGAACGGCUCAAAAUUAUUGGCAAAUGCCUAUGUGCCACAGUAUGCACUUGCCAGGAAUUUGAGCAGGUAAUCCUGACACUGCUAGACACCUCUAAUUGUUGUUACAAGCAUUGUCGCAAUUUAUUUAUAUAUCUACAUCACAUAUAUGUGACCCAAAGAUACGUUGUUGAACCAUUGUCAUUUACAAAUUGGGGUCCCUGCACCAUAAUGUUAGAUAAUGUUAGAAAAAAUAUUUACGCUGAAGGGUCAGGCUAUAUCAAGUGUCAAUCAAAGCUUGCAGCUGUUAGUACUCGUCACUAGUUAUGUAGUUGAAACUGCAUGUCAAUCAAGAAAGAAGUAGUCACAUGAAGCCGCCCGUCAUGAUUGUGCUUUUGUAAUUUUUGUGUCGUUCUGCAAAAGUUGCUGUGGUAAAAAAUGUUGAUAAUUGUUUUUCAGGGCCAGGCUGGCCCAAUAUUGAAAUAUCAGUAAUCAGUACACUAACUUUAGCCCUGAAUGUGGUUGACUUCCCUUGCGGGAGUGUAGAAAAUUUUCUUCCAAGUACACACAUCUCAGGGAGGUCCUGAAGAGUAACACAUUAAGAAAGUGUCUAAUAAAGUGUCAGUCUUCCAGUCCAGGGGUUCAGAAGUCACUGACUGCCCUGACGUUGAAAGGUAACACGUGUAUAUUUAUUUGGAGGAAGUGUAGAAUGUGGAUAAUGUGUCUGUUUGCACAUGAACACUGUAAUACUUGAGAAAACUUGAUAUGGAUAAAAAACUCAGGAUGGAGUUAACUCCCAUCUACAAUAUGUGUCUCAGCAUCACGUGGGAUGUAACGCGUGACAGCCAUUAAGAAGUGCUUGGGACUAGAUUCUGAGACUAGAGUGUGUCCAUGUUCUUGUCUUUCUAAUGGGACCCACAUUGGGGCUGCGCUCCAAAGAAUGCAAUGGCCAAGGACACUAUUAGUCUCGACCACCUUUGCCAAUUAGAACUGAGAUGUAUAAAAUAUGCUGGAUAUAAAUUACUGUUAGUAUGGCCCAAAUUACCCCUAGGGUCUGACCAGGACCCUUAAUGUUCUUUUCCCCUGUUCCAGUAGUUCCAUAGAUCCUGUAACUGAUAUCGGUGUCUUCCAUAAAAGAGAACAUUCCAAUACAUUUAUAAGUGGCACCCUCGGGUGAGGCCAAAAAACGAGCCCCAGCUUAUCUUGACCCUUAUAUUUUUCCUGCUUCUUGCACCAGGUUGUUGUGUAGCCAUGCUGACCCUUUGUGCCAAUGGUACAAUAGUGUAAAUGUUGUAACGUCGUAACCUCAGUGGUGUUGUACAGACAGUGAAAUGCAGUUUUUCCAUUUUUGUUCAUUGUGAAUGGCUAUGAAUAUUUGAAUGUUUUUGUCUGGUUAUGACAAUUUUAUUUAGUUUUAUAAGGCAUUUGUUAAUUGUAUUUCUAUUUUUUUUGUGAAAGUUUUAUUGAUUUUUUUGUAUAAUUUAAUACUCUGCCUUAAUUGUGCAGUUUUCUAGUGGAUGUGCUUGGAAUAGCAUUGUGAAUACCACCACAGUUCCCUCCAUGUGGUAAUAUAAAACCAUGUAAUUGUGGUUUGAGUUCCUGCCCACCUGAUCAAGCACGCAACACUGCAUCAGUUCUAUUGGGCAAGGUUCUUAACACUACAUUUGCAAAAGACUAUUUAAAUAUGUGUAAGUUUCUCUGGAUAAGAGCAUCUAUCAGCUAAAUUGCUGUAAAUGUUCUGCCAGCAGUUUAUGGUUGUCAUUAAAAUAUAAUAUAAUAAGAUAUAAUGUAAUAUAGUAUAAUGUAAUCGUACACUGAUGCAGUCUCGUGAUGAUGAAUUGCGCUGAUGUGUCUGAGAUCCUUUUUUAUCAUUUACAGAUGGGCAUGUUUAAAGAUGGAUUUAACAGAUAUUUAAUAGGGAAAUGUAAUUAUAAGGAUUCUUUAGAUUUAUAAUUUAUACUUAUUAUUUAUAAAUUCACCUACAGCCCAUAUUAAAUUAUGGCAAUGUCUGUUUUUAAAGUAUAUUUGAGUUGAUAAAUUAUAUGAUAUGUAUUAGAGAAAGAUUUAUGCUAUGCUGGAUGUUGGGAUUUUUGUGAAAUGAAUUGUCUUUUGAUGAACUUAUAUAUAUAUGUUUUUUUUAGUAUAUAUAGGUUUAACAAAGUAUUCAUCACCUUGCAUGUUUUCCCUUUUUAUGGUCAAAUUAAAUUAUUGGCUUUUUGAGAAGAAUUUACACAAGGAAGUACUUUUUAAAGUCAAACAGUAUAAUCAAAAAAGUUAAAAUAUAUUUCUAUAAAGCAAUAUUAAUUAAAUAAAGGUAUAAUAGUAUAACGUAUAAUGUACACUGUGUAACAAUAUAUUGUUCAAGAUUUACUCUUAAUGAACACAUUUCUACACAUAUAGAGGAACAACGCUAACCUUUACUUUAAACAACUUUUGGUACAUUCUAUACGGUUUCACAUUUUUUUUCCUUUUUCUGCAAUGCUGCCUGGUCAAAUUUAAUAAUUCUGAAUUGGUUAAAUAACAAUACAUUUGUAAAACAGUAUAUUCUCUUAAAGUUUUGAAGAUACUAAUAAUUGAAUGAUUAUUAUGUUUUAAUUCAUGUCAAUUAUUCUUUCAGCUAGCUUCAUAAAAAUAUCACGCUAUUUAAAUCCAAGAAUGACCUGCCCAUCCUGUCAUCUUGGGAUAACCCCACCCCUUAAAAAGAAGUAACAUCACAACAAGACACUUAAGUCACUUAAUAUUUAUCUUAUCAAUGAUACUCAGCUGAGGUAGAUUUCAAUAUGUCUACCCUGUUGCAGUAAAAUGUAAUGUAUAAAGUAAUUAAAGUAAUUUUGAAAAUAAGAUCAUUUAUAAAUAUGUAUUUUUAAGUUAUGAGGACCAAAGGCACAGUAUUCUGGUAAUAACCCUUACUAGUGAAUGUGUCUCCAGUGAUUGUGAUAUAAAGACUGGACGGCCUAGUUAGACUACCAUAUAAACCAUAUUUGUACUGGCCUCCACCUUUAACCCAUCCAUGCAGUAAACACACACAUACACACACUAGUGAGUACACUUAGAACACACACACAGUAACUACUGUGAGAACUCAUGCCCGGAGUGGUGGGCAGCGAUUGCUGUGGCGUCCGAGAAGCAGUGAAGCUUCAAGCUGUGGGGAUCCAGGAAGGCACUUUUAGGUAGAGGUUACUUAAAAUGCAUGUUUAUAUAAGGAAAUCCUGCAGGACAAUCUGAUUUAAGAGAAAUAUUGAUUUAUUUCUCAAAGAGUACAGAGUGUACAAUGUGAAUGUGAAUGUUCUAGAGUGGAAAAGUCAAAGCCCAGACCUCACUUCAAUAGAGACUGUGUGAUUUAGACUCUCCGCAACCAAUUCCCAAACAGAAUUAGAACAGAGGAAUGAAGUAAAAAUUUAAAAGGUUCAGAUGUGAUAUCCGCACAGACCAAAGGUUUAUUUACUAACUACUGUUUGCACUUUGCCAUGAAAGUUUUAUUCUUAAACUUUAUUUCUAAAAGCAAUGAAAAGGGAAAACAUCCAAGAGGCUGAAUACUUUAUAUAUAUGGUUGAAUCUGAUUAAAAUGAAAAAUAAGAUUAAACAUUGUACUAUGCACAGAUGAGCAACUUUGAUGUUGUCAUUGUAGCUUUGUGUGUCAUGACCAUGCUAAAAUGUGCACAUAUUCAAUAAACAUACAAGUCUAAAGAGUGA